GGAACUCCUACGAUCUAUCACGAUCCCCGUCUGUUGUAGUUCAGUUUAUGUUUAAUUAUUGUUCGCAGCAUUCGCUUUGCGGCUUACAAAAUCAGCUAUCCGUUUAAAUUAGGAUGUAUAAUUUCUGCCAAGACGCCAGACUGAAGUGAUCGUUGCUGUGCUCCAAACUCUGAUUAUUAACCAUGUCGGGGAGUUUUUAUUUCGUCAUGGUGGGUCAUCAUGACAACCCGGUAUUUGAGAUGGAGUUUCUUCCUCCUGGGAAGUCAGAAUCGAAGGAUGACCACAGACAUCUGAACCAGUUCAUCGCUCACGCCGCUCUGGACCUGGUGGAUGAGAACAUGUGGCAGUCCAACAACAUGUACCUGAAGACCGUGGACAAGUUCAAUGAAUGGUUCGUCUCUGCGUUUGUCACAGCUGGUCAUAUGAGGUUUAUUAUGCUCCAUGACGUUCGGCAAGAGGACGGGAUCAAGAACUUCUUCAAUGAUGUUUAUGACCUGUACAUCAAGUUUGCAAUGAACCCCUUCUACGAAGCCAACGCACCGAUUCGCUCCACGGCCUUUGACAGGAAGGUGCAGUUUCUUGGGAAAAAGCAUCUGCUCAGCUGAUUGUUUCUGCAUUUCUGUUGUCGCGCUGUUCAUGUUUCAGUUGUUUAUACCAGCUUACAUUAACACUCUUACCUGUAAAACUAAUUCAGUGUGACUGCUUCAUUUUUAAAUAAGUGUGUAAUAUCAAAUAGGAAUGAAAAAAAUAAAUAGAUUUUGCAUAAACCUAAAAUAAAAAAAGUACCUUUUGUCAGCUGCAUGAUGAUUCUGCACAUUAAAGCUGUUCAAUCAAACAAACAAA